AUGGUCACUCACGUCGGGCCCAGGAUUUUGGAUCAAUACCAUGCACCGCCUGAAAUCGAUUGGCUCAGCUUGGACGUGGAAGGCGCCGAAUUGGAGGUCCUUCAGCCUCUCUUUCACGACGCCACGUCCCGUUGGAAGGUGGACGUGAUCUCCAUGGAAGCGAGGGCAGCAGAUGUGAUUGCAAAGCUGCACUUCAUGGGACAGAAUGAUUAUCAACUCAUGGACAGGAUUGGUGAUGAUAUCUACGUGUCCACGUGGAGCGCCUUGGAAACCUCCUGCGGCCGCCCUCCGGCGGCGCAGCGGCUCACACCGCGCUUCGCCCUGGAAAGGGUCCAGGAGCGGAUUCGGCGGAAGGAGUGGAUCAACGAGACCGAACGGCGCACGUUCUUGAGGUUGGCACAGCUGGCGGAAGAACGGCACUGCAAGGCUGAGAGCUUGAGUUACUUGUUGUGGAGCACCUUGUUAAGCCUUGAUGCGGCCAACUUGGUUUGCAGAGGAGAUGGCUUCAUGAACGAAACGGCCUUAUAUCUGAAGCUUGCUCCACUGACCUUCGAUGAUUGUUCGCCCUUCUUCGCCCUACCACUCAGCCGCAUGGACUUCGUCUUGGUGCUGAUGACUCGCUGGCCGAUCUUCGAAGAACUUCAGCUGCUCAGCGAACGCUUGGCAUCUCGUGAGAACAACUUUGGGAACGAAGGCUGUGACUUGUAUCGCCGGGAUCUUCCACCGCCAGACUUCCUAUUGAACGUUUGGCCUCCGCGCUUGCGUGAUACUACCUUGAUGUGUGGCGGCUUACGUUUGGCGCUGGUCUACUUGGAGAAGGUCCUCCAACUGCAGGGCCAUGCUCCGGGACGAAAUCUCACCAACUUUUGGAAGAAGAGCGUUCGGGUUGCGGAACGCUCCUUGAAGUCUUUAGCGUACCGGUUCGGUAUCGCGGAGUUGCUGGGAGCCAUCGGCGAACUGCCUCAGAGCAAGAGUCCAUGGGUGGUCCUGAAGCGUAUUCAGCGGACGUGGUGGUAG